CCGGUGUCGUCUGUCAAAAAUAUAACAAAAAGAGAAAAAAUAUACACCGUGGCAAAGGAUUAAAUGGGAUUAAAGUGUUUGGUAUGGGUUUUGUCUUUCAAAGAUUCAUAUAAUAAUAAAGUUGAAACGUGUCCAUGCCAUUACCACGUCUUUCGCAUUACGCUUUAGAUUGGUUCCGAGAUUGGUACCUGCUAUUCGGUUUAAAUUUGUCAAGAAUAUUGCAGUAGGAUAUUUAUUAUAAACGUAAGAAUAUAGUGCAUUGCAUAUUUUGCAGGCCAAAAAUGGUUGUAAAAAAUAUUUGUUGUCUUGGGGCUGGGUAUGUGGGAGGCCCCACUUGUAGUGUCAUAGCAUUAAAAUGUCCAGAAAUUAAAGUAACAGUGGUUGAUUUAAGUAAAGAAAGAAUUAGCCAGUGGAAUUCAGAUAAACUGCCAAUUUAUGAGCCUGGGUUAGAUGAGGUGGUAAAAGCCUGCAGGGGAAAAAACUUAUUUUUCUCCAAUGAUAUAAACAACAGCAUUUUGGAGGCCGACUUAAUAUUCAUUUCAGUAAAUACACCGACAAAGACUUUUGGAAAUGGAAAGGGUAGGGCGCCCGAUUUGAAGUAUGUCGAGGGGGCGGCUCGCCUGAUAGCAAACAUAGCAAGGAGUAACAAAAUCGUUGUGGAGAAAAGCACCGUUCCCGUAAACGCCGCCGAGAGCAUCAUGAAAAUUCUGAAAGCCAAUCAAAGGUCCGGUGUAUCUUAUCAAAUUUUGUCCAAUCCAGAAUUUUUAGCAGAAGGCACCGCCAUUAAUGACUUGUUAAACGCUGAUCGCGUGUUGAUUGGGGGAGAAGAAACCCCAGGUGGCGAGGCAGCCAUUGAAGAGCUAUGCGCAAUUUAUGAACACUGGAUACCGAGAAAAAAUAUUUUAACUACCAACACUUGGUCCAGUGAACUGUCCAAAUUGGCAGCGAACGCGAUGCUAGCCCAAAGAAUAUCCAGUAUUAAUUCUCUAUCCGCCAUAUGUGAGUCGACUGGCGCUGACGUUGCGGAGGUGGCUAGGGCCGUGGGUCUGGAUUCACGUAUAGGACCCAAAUUUUUGCAGGCUUCUAUAGGAUUCGGUGGGAGCUGUUUCCAAAAGGACAUCCUUAACCUGGUAUAUAUCUGCGAGUCCCUCAAUUUACCGGAGGUGGGCGCUUACUGGCAACAGGUGAUUGACAUGAACGAAUAUCAAAAGAAGCGAUUUACAUCGAAAGUUAUCGAAUCGCUCUUCAACACCGUUAGCGGCAAAAAAAUAUGCAUUAUGGGGUUCGCGUUUAAGAAAAAUACGGGCGACACGAGGGAGAGUCCCGCCAUUUACGUUGCCAAGACGAUGCUUGACGAAGGAGCGAGCAUAAAUAUUUACGAUCCCAAGGUAGAAGAAACUCAAAUAUACGAAGAUUUGACCCAUCCUUUAAUCAGCGAAUCUCCGGAACACGUGAGGAAACACGUGACCGUGUUUAAAGAUGCUUACAGCGCCACCAACGGGUGCCACGCCAUCGUACUGUGCACCGAAUGGGAUGAGUUUAUUACGUUAGAUUACGAAAAAAUCUACGACCAAAUGAUGAAACCGGCAUAUAUGUUUGAUGGAAGGAAAAUCUUAGACCACGAGAAUCUGCUUCGCAUAGGAUUUAACGUCGAGACUAUUGGAAAGCGGUUAGGCAGACCUUUUGUGAGGAGGAGAUGGAGUAGCAACCCCGCCGUAUUGUAAUGCAUCCUAUGUCUUACCCGUUCCUUAUUAUUCCAUUUAUUAUUCCUUUAUAAGUAUUAUUUUUUAGUAUUUUACUUAUUUUAUUAAGACUUGAGGCCCCAAGUAAUUGUUUCUUGUAUAGUGCUUAUUUUUAUAUACAUAUUGCAAUUUCCUAAAAUGGUGUUCUUUACGGAUAUAUUUGGAAUUAUAAGAUGCCAUAUAUUUCCAGUAUAAAUGCCGACAAAUAUACCGUUUUGUUGUUGU